AUGAAUCUCUUCUUCUCAAAUGGAUUGCUGAUGUCGGAAGAUGUGCAGCCAGAAUACGUCGCUCAUGCUAUGCUUGCAAUGGCAGAGACUCUCAGAAGUCAGAAUCCUCCAAAAUAUAAAAUGGCCAUAAAAUGUGCAAGAGGAGCUGCUACGUUUGAUAUAAACCCAGAAAAAAAAGCUUUCGUUUUAACACAGUUAGGGAAAUUGCUACUGUAUUACUCUGAUAAUCACGAUGAGGCCAAAGUUACAUUAGAAAGAGCGUAUCAAAUGUAUUUAACAUUCGGGGAUGAUAUGCUCAAUGCUCGAAUAGAAACAAUUCUUUUGUUAUGUGAAGCCUAUAUAGGAGGGCCUGCUAUUAGUGAUUCUUAUCACAAAGCUUUAUUAAUUCUCCGAACAGAAAUGCCAAAAUGCCAUUCGAACAAGCGUGUUUUCACCAAAAUGCUGUUUUAUUACAUUGAAGCUUCUUCUUUAUACGGCUCCUUUUCUGAGUCACUCAGUGCUUGCCAAUUAGCGAUAGAUAAGGCUAUUUCUUGGAACGAUAAAGUUUUUCUAAAAGGACCUGAAGGUAAAAUGGAAGAGCAUGCUCUAGUCGAAAUAAAUAACAAAGUGUCAACUAUGGAUUCGGAUAAACUCGUUCUGUUAAAUUUGAAAUCGUUCAGUUUAGCUUUACGAUUGGCUUCUGCUAUUUCAGAAGGCCGGACCCGAUCGGUUAGAGACUUACUGAAAAAUUUACAAGCAGCUUGUCAAGCGAUGCCAUCUGACGUAGAGUUGCAAGGAAUACGCUGGAUGGAUAAAGUAACCAUAACUGCUUUUGCUUGCUUAAUAACGAUCGUUUGCUCAACAUUACAAAGUAAUUAUUCUCGAGCUGAAAAGUACUAUAUGAUGGGGAUGAGGCAGGUCCAAGAGUUUCUCACUAAGUCUUUCCGCUUAGCACGCGAGUAUGGUAUGUUAAAGUCAGUGUUCCGAAUAAGAUUAUCCAUAAGUGAUAUGAGUGCCCAAUGUAAUAUGAUGGCUUGUAAAGCAACUAGGUGUUUAGAUAAUAUAAGAGAUAUGAUUAACUUUUCUACAAGGGUAGGAUCAGAGUUCUAUGUAGAAUACUGCCCAGCAGUUCAAUCUCUUCUGGGCUGGCUCGCAACUUAUCAAGGUGAUCUGGAACAAGCUGAGAGACAUUUCAAGUCUGCUCUAAAAAUGAAACCGCGAGAUAGAGAUGGUUUUACUAUGAUUUAUGUUAGUCUUGCUCUCAAUUAUAUUCUGCGACAGGAUUUCGUGUCAUAUUACAAUGCUAUGGAAUACUUAACUCCUUCACGCUUAAGUCAAUGCUCAAUGAUUGUUAAUGCAAAUGCGAAACUGGUUAUGGGAUGUUACGCUUAUGUUACUAAUAAGGUCAAUGAUUGCAAAACUCUGUUAACUGAAAGUUUAGAUUUUGCAAAGCAAGAAGAUCUUUUCCGAAUUCACACGUUGGCUGUUGUACUACUCUCACUACCUUUUAACAUUUCUGUUGACGUUAUUUUUUCUACUCUCGAAUGGAGUAAAAGAGGUCAUGAUCAUGCUCUUUUAUAUUGGUGCGAUACUCUUAUAGGGCAAUUAUUAGAGAAAAGUGGCAAACAGCGGAACGUCACAGAAGUCACACAGAUUGAUCGGAAGUUGUGCAUAGUAAACGUAAAAUCGUUCUCAGAUAUCACCAAGUCUCACGCAGCAUCUGGGUUACUGAAGUGGUUCGAAGGGGACGCUAUGCAAUUUUUGCCAAAAGAAGAAUAG